GCUUGGCUCUGGCCGCGAGCGAGCUGCCCGCGCAGACUGCCCAGGCGGCGCCGGGCGGGCGCUGUGCAACCCCGGACGGUCGUCUGCUGCGGGCGCGGCCCGUGGCUCGCCUGCGACCCGGAGGGCGCGCUGCAGCCCGCGAUCCCCCUCCUCCGUCGCCUCCCAUCUCGUUUUGGGGAGGUCGCGGCACCCUGCGGGGAGAGCGGUGUCUGGGAGGGCGGAUCCGAGAACAUAGAGUGAGAACCGUAAUGAACGGUCAUAUUUCUAACCAUCCCAGUGGGUAUGGAAUCUACCCAUCGCAAAUGAAUGGCUACGGAUCUUCACCUGCAUUUUCCCAGAUGGACAGAGAUCACAGUGCAAAAACAAGUGCAAAGGCCCUUUAUGAACAGAGGAAGAAUUAUGCCCGGGACAGUGUCAGCAGUAUGUCAGAUGUAUCCCAGUACCGAGUUGAACACCUGACUACCUUUGUGCUGGACCGGAAAGAUGCUAUGAUAACUGUGGAUGAUGGAAUAAGGAAACUGAAAUUGCUUGAUGCCAAGGGCAAAGUGUGGACUCAAGAUAUGAUUCUCCAAGUAGAUGAGCGAGCUGUGAGCCUCAUUGAUUUGGAAUCAAAGAAUGAAUUGGAGAAUUUUCCUUUAAACACAAUCCAACACUGCCAAGCUGUGAUGCAUUCUUGCAACUAUGAUUCUGUUCUUGCCCUUGUGUGCAAAGAGCCAACCCAGAACAAGCCGGACCUGCAUCUUUUCCAGUGUGAUGAGGUUAAGGCAAACCUGAUCAGUGAGGAUAUUGAAAGUGCGAUCAGCGACUAUAAAGGAGGGAAACAGAAGAGGCGGCCAGAGGCCCUGAGGAUGAUUUCCAAAGCAGAUCCUGGCAUUCCACCUCCGCCCCGAGCUCCCGCCCCUGUGCCACCAGGGACUGUCACCCAGGUGGAUGUUAGAAGCAGGGUAGCAGCCUGGUCUGCUUGGGCAGCUGACCAUGGAGACUUUGAGAAACCCCGGCAGUAUCAGGAGCAGGAAGAGACGCCCGAGAUGAUGGCAGCCCGGAUCGACAGGGAUGUGCAAAUCUUAAACCAUAUUUUGGAUGACAUUGAGUUUUUUAUCACGAAACUCCAAAAGGCAGCAGAAGCAUUUUCUGAGCUUUCUAAGAGGAAAAAAAGCAAGAAGAGUAAAAAAAAGGGGCCAGGAGAGGGUGUUUUAACGCUGAGGGCAAAACCUCCACCUCCUGAUGAAUUUGUUGACUGUUUCCAGAAGUUUAAACAUGGAUUUAACCUUCUGGCCAAACUGAAGUCUCAUAUCCAGAAUCCAAGUGCUGCAGAUUUGGUUCAUUUUUUGUUUACCCCAUUAAAUAUGGUGGUACAGGCAACAGGUGGUCCUGAACUAGCCAGUUCAGUGCUCAGCCCCCUACUGACUAAAGACACAGUUGAUUUCUUAAAUCAUACUGUUAAUGCAGAUGAGAGGCAGCUGUGGAUGUCGUUGGGCGAAACAUGGUUGAAAGUCAGAGCAGAGUGGCCGAAAGAACAGUUUAUCGCACCUUACGUUCCCCGGUUCCGCAAUGGCUGGGAUCCCCCGACGCUGAACUUCACCGGGGCACCAAUGGAGCAAGACCGGUACCAGCUGGCAGAAUCCCUGGUCAACACAGCGGAACACCAGCACAAACAGGAUAGCAAAAGACUCUCUACAGAGCAUUCCAGUGUGUCGGAAUACCCUCCAGCAGAUGGGUAUGCAUUCAAUAACAACAUGUACCCGAGAGGGCCACAUCUGGACCAAGGGGAGGCCGCAGUCGCCUACAAGCCAACUCCUAAUCGCUACGUAGAUAGAUCUUAUGACUCAGUCAAAACACAGCCCAAGAAAUACGCCAAAUCCAGGUAUGACUUUGUGGCAAGGAACAGCAGCGAGCUCUCAGUACUGAAGGAUGAUGUUCUAGAGAUACUUGAUGACAGGAAGCAGUGGUGGAAAGUUCGGAAUGCAAGCGGAGACUCCGGGUUUGUGCCAAAUAACAUUCUGGACAUCGUGAGGCCCCAAGAACCUGGAUUGGGGCGUGCUGACCCCCCAUACACACAUACCAUACAGAAACAGAGGAUGGAGUAUGGUCCAAGACCAACUGAUACUCCUUCUGCCCCAUCACCUCCUCCAACACCAGCGCCUGUUCCUGUCCCCCUUCCACCUUCUGCACCAGCACCCGUCCCUGUGUCCAAGUUUCCAGCAAACGUCACCCGUCAGAACAGCAGCUCCAGCGACAGUGGAGGCAGUGUGGUGCGAGACAGCCAGAAAUACAAACAAAUUCCAGUGGACCAACUGUCAAUAGUCUUGGGGUGUUGAAUGGUGCCCAACUCUUUUCUCUCAAUAAAGAUGAACUGCGGUCUGUCUGCCCUGAAGGGGCCAGAGUCUUUAGCCAAAUCACUGUACAGAAAGCUGCUUUGGAGGACAGCAGCGGCAGCUCUGAGUUACAAGAAAUCAUGCGGAGACGACAGGAAAAGAUCAGCGCCGCUGCCAGUGAUUCGGGAGUGGAAUCUUUCGAUGAAGGAAGCAGUCACUAAUGUGCUGUUUGUUUGUUGAACUCUAUUAUUCUUGGCAUUGUUUCUACUUGCUUUGUUUUCCGAAGCCUUGAAGGGAAUGUCAGAUCCAUAUUCUUGAUAUAUGUAAUUUAUUGCCAUAAGAAAACAGUGUAUACCCAAGUAAGCAGAGGAUCUGUUGCUUUUGUGCCCAUUCUUUUGAUUGAAACCCGAAGAGUGGGUAGGCAAGAUGUCUCAGCAGGUAAAGGUACUUGCCAUCAAGCCUGAUGACCUGAGUUCAGUUCCCAAGACCCACAUGGUAGAAGGCGGGAACUGAUUGCUGCAAGUUGUCCUUUGACCUCCACACAUGC